GGGGCUUACUUAAUUUUGUUGUACACAGCAGUGUUUUUGUUUGACCUCCACAGUCACUUUCACACUCAGCUCAUCUCUGUCCGCCUCUGCUUCAUACUUCUGUGAGACACAUGAGCUCAUAAGUAACUAUGCCUCCACCCCCGCGCCCAUCGCUAUCAUGAAAUAAGCAUCACACAAUGCACACCAUCCCUGUGGUUUUGGGUAAUAAACACAGUAAAGGAUUUUAAGAAGUCACAAAAUUUCUUAACCUCUUCUGGCCCAAUUUGAGGCAUUUCUUUUACCUUCCAGAGAAACAUUUUGGAAAGAAGUUGUAGAAUCAAUCUAGUGUUAAGUCAUGCACAUUUGAGGAUACACUGUACAUUUUGCUUGACUAUCAAGUCAAGGGACAGAUUUUCAAAUGAGCCAUCCGAAUUAGGUAAUAUUUUAUAGCCACAAUUCAAGUACAUAAAAACCCAAGCUUUUGCCUUCUCCAUAGGUAUGUGAUGGUUAUAAAAAUGUACACACAAGCUUUUCGGUAACUGAUCUUCUUCUAUGAGCAAAAUCGUAAACCUCCAUCACUCACAGGGGUUAUGCAUGCGUCCACAUGUGCACGAUUAGAUCUUACAUCCACAAACGCCCAAGCACAUCAAGUUUCAUAGUUAGUCACAUUUAUUUAUUACAUAGUCUAUAUACAGUAUAGAGCACACUGCAUUCGCACACUGGGUUCCCCAUACAGAAAUAUUGAUUUGAAAUAUACAUACAGGAUACACACAUCUAUUUACAUACAACAUGCCUCAAUUUCAGCUAAGCUUAUUAAUUAAAAACAAACUAUUUUUCCUCGUUCUCACUUACUGUUUUUCUUUCUUCUCCCAUUUCCUUCCCUUCCUCUAGAUUUUCUCUCUCUUCUUACUGACCAGGACUCAUCUAAAAGUCACCCCCACAGCGUGGGCACUCACCGGCUGGUUGGCUUCUGCUCUUCAAACAUCGGCCUCAUUGUUGCCUGCUCUGGGCCCCAGUGUGGUCAGGGGCUGCCGCUUUUCCCCGCUUGCCCUUCUCCAAGCCACCAGCUACUGGCCCCAGUUGUGUUCAAGCGAGGCUUCAGUGCAGGGAAUGGCAAAAGGCUGCAAGAGAAGGCAGGGUUUUCCUUCUUUCUGUUUAGGAUUGGGGGUGGGGUGUGGAGCAGUUUUGCUUUCUCAGGACAAACUGACCCCCACUGAAGCAACCCCUCUAUUAAGUGUCUUUGGAAGCUGGAGUCCAGGGGCCACAAUCCUGCCUGCUAUCCUCCUUGAUAAUGGGUGCUGUUGUCUGUGGAGAAAACAAGAUUUUUUGGUGGGAGGGGGUCCACAGGCUCUCAGCUGACCCUUUAAUCAUUUGCCUGAGCUGGAGUUGAACUCCAGUUUGGGGCAGUAAUGCUUUCUAGAAAGCCUGACUAGAGUGAGACUCCUUGCUUGGCGCAUCCACCUGGAGGGCAGAGCUGGGAUGCAGACUACAGGCUUUAGGGGCCCGUUCAUUCUCUUUCCUCUGGAGUCACUGCUCCCUGAGAAGACCAGGAUCUCCAAAAUCUGUCAUUUUAAAAUUGUCUCCACUCUCCAGCUUCUUCGUGAGCAAAGGCUAAGUUCCGGUCUCAGAAGAGAGGCCUGAGUCCCCUCCUUACCGAGCACUCAGGAACCACCAGGGAAUAGGGGCAACUCCUCAGGCAGACAGCAACCCACAAACCUGAAUCUUGUCUGCCGGGAGAAUUCACCCUAGUAGAGCACAAGCCAUCAGCCCAAAUGUCCUUCUUCCUCUAACUUCUUCCCUAAACUGAGUGGCCCUCUUGACUCCUCUCUUGUUGCAUAGAGGCAGCUGCAAAGUCAGGGCAGGCGAAGGAAGGGGAACCAGGAAGAAGGCAGUCAGAGCCUAGCGCCUGCUUUGCUUGGGUCUUAAGGACAGCCCAGCGCUGUGACUUUUCCAUAAAUAAAAAAGCCCCACUCCAUAGUACACAUGUCCUUUUAGGCCCUAAUUUAUAUACUACAGAAAUCAUAUACUCAGCCCGCCAUGCUUCAUAACGUCGUUAUUUAUGGUGGGGGAGGGAACCUUUUUUUUUCCUGAAGAGUAUAUUUAUGACAGGUAAAGCCGACAGCAGACUUCAUAGGGCUGGCAAAUUGAGAACAGGUGCUUUGCCUUAACUGUGAUUCAUUCGCUCAGCGCCCAGCUCUUUCGCUGUUGAGUCCAGGGAGCUCCCUGGACUUUCCCAAGCGUCCAACCGCUACUUGGAAGAAUUUGCAUCGGAUUUUUGUUUCCCCACUUGGGUCCUAUGGAAAAAGCAGAUCUUCACGCUGUUUGGUUCCAGAUCUGCCAGGCUGUCACCCUCGGAGAGUGAGGGUGGGAAAGGAGGGGGCCAGCUGGGCGCCGGCAUUGAUCUUUAAAAAAUCAUUUUGAAAUAGCCAUAAUGUGAAGAAAUAUGGCGCUUCACCCUCGUAUUUCACAUGUAAUGACACGAGAUGGCUUCAUCUGGAAAGAAAAGCGAGUGGGAGUGUGUGUCCGUGUGGGAGGUGAUCUGCCUUCCACAAGGCAGAGGGGUAGGUGGCCAAAAAGAUACAACCCCAAGUUACAGUGGCCCCGCUUUUGCUAAAAGGACCGCACUGAGGGCAGUCUGCCUUAUUAGGACUCAGAAUCAGAGAGUUGUGGAGAAAUCUACCCCAAUCUGCGUCUGAGCCCAAACCGAGGAGAACUGGGUGUGCCCAAGGGUCGCACCUCCCCAAGUGUCAGGAGAGGCGACUGCACCUAGGGCCGAAGGUGAGGACCAAAGGCUGGGAGAGGAGCCAGGAAGCCAGUCGGUGGACCGGGAGGAGUCCCCGUGCAGGGCCACAGAGUAGAUAUAUUUUAAAAAGGCUACUUGGUAGCUCCAAUGAGGGGUUCUGCGGGGAGUAAGGCAGUGAGGGGAAGAGACUGACCCUGGGCUUGCUGAUCACACUGGCUCCUAUAUCGGUGUUUGGAAAUCUCCAGGGCAGGAGCCCCGAGUGAAAGGAGCAGGACAGGAGGGCUGAAAACUCAGCCCAGGCUCCUUCCUCUCUGGACACAAGGGGAGAUGACAUGGAACCCCUUCACUUGUUGGCUGGGGAUCUUUCCCCAGGCCUCUGCUCUGGUGACAGCUCAGGGAAGUGUCCUUAACCCUUUCUCUUGUUCAGCUCCCUCACCUGGGCAAUUUUAGGGGCCUGGAUAAUUAUUCAGUGGAGAAAAGGAGAAAUGGCUCUCCCCGCCCUCCUCCCACCUCAAAUCCAUCCUCUGGCCAGAGUCAGAGAAAGGCCCAAUAAAUGUAAAGGCGCUCUGUUUCCUUGUAUUAAACUCUUUCCUAGGCUCUCGUUUCCAGGGCCUGCUGGAUCCCUUUAACCUCAGGCAGGUUCUAAUUUCAGGACAAAUAGUGGAUUCUUGGACACUCAGCCGUUUUAUUCCCCUCUGCCCGCCUCCCUCGGCUACUGAGGGGUCCAGGGAGGUUCCCAGUCUUGUGAAUCUCUAUAAAGAGUGCACCGAAAGCCCCCUCCAAAGCGGACAACGUCCUAAAAUCCCCAACUUCUCCCCUCAUCCUUUUACUUCAUCUCCUGUGGAUUGCUGCUGCUGUUGUUAUUUAAUAAACAUCUUCUGUCAAGGGGACAGAGAAGAGGAAAUGAGGGCCUGCGGGGUGGAGGUGGAGGUAUGUGUAGGGGGACAGGACCACCUCCUCUUUCAGUAUCCUCUCGGGCCUUUCUGACUGCUCCCCGGGCUGGGCUCUCUCCCUCCCUCCGCCCUUUCUCUCCCUCCCUCCCCGACCCGCCUAGGGAGAGGGCUCUACAGCCUGCGUCCCUCCCGAGGCAGCCCGCCGCUUCCCUCCGCCUCUCCUCCGCCCCCGCCGCCCCACGUCGAGAACUGCCCCCCUUCCUGCAGCGGGAAGCGGGGGGGGGCGGGGGGGACCGGGCGGCCGGCAGCUCCGGGUGAGGUUACGUGGCCGCCGGAGCCCUGACGUGAUAGCACAUUGCAUCAGCAUAAAACAAUCCAUCCUCGAUAUGGAAUGCGGUGCGGACGGAUGACAGCGAGAGCGCAGCCCCCUCGCCCGAUUGAUUUAUGUCGGAGCUGACGCUUUAUCAGGCAGUCGGAAAAACUUUGACCAAUCAUUUUGCAAGGAGCGCUGAGCCGGGCUGCUCCACUGUACUUUGUUGGCUGAGAAGUUGAGCAGGGGGUGGGGGUGGGAGGGUGGGGGGCUGGGGGGGUCGCGUCCGAAAGCCCUCACACCGGUCCGGGUGCCACCUCUCCCUGCUUGGGCGCCGCCGCGCGAGCGCUUCCCUUCCCCCUGUGAGCGCCCGGAUAAUGUCUGAGAAUGUCCAUUUCUGGGACGCUUAGCAGCUAUUAUGUCGACUCGAUAAUAAGUCACGAGAGUGAGGACGCGCCUCCAGCCAAGUUUCCUUCUGGCCAGUACGCGAGCCCGCGGCAGCCGGGCCACGCGGAGCACCUGGAGUUCCCCUCGUGCAGCUUCCAGCCCAAAGCGCCGGUGUUCGGCGCCUCCUGGGCGCCGCUGAGCCCGCACGCGUCCGGGAGCCUGCCGUCCGUCUACCACCCCUACAUCCAGCCCCAGGGCGUCCCGCCGGCCGAGAGCAGGUACCUCCGCACCUGGCUAGAGCCGGCGCCGCGCGGGGAAGCGGCCCCGGGGCAGGGCCAGGCGGCGGUGAAGGCGGAGCCGCUGCUGGGCGCGCCUGGGGAGCUGCUCAAACAGGGCACGCCCGAGUACAGUUUGGAAACUUCGGCGGGCAGGGAGGCCGUGCUGUCUAAUCAAAGACCCGGCUACGGGGACAAUAAAAUUUGCGAAGGAAGCGAGGACAAAGAGAGGCCGGAUCAAACCAACCCCUCCGCCAACUGGCUGCACGCUCGCUCUUCCAGGAAAAAGCGCUGCCCCUACACCAAAUACCAGACGCUGGAGCUAGAGAAGGAGUUUCUGUUCAAUAUGUACCUCACCAGGGACCGUAGGCACGAAGUGGCCAGACUCCUCAAUCUGAGUGAGAGACAAGUCAAAAUCUGGUUUCAGAACCGGCGGAUGAAAAUGAAGAAAAUGAAUAAGGAGCAGGGCAAAGAGUAAAGAUUACCCCCACUCCUCCCCAGCUCUUCCCCAUCUCACUCUUAUUUAUGUGACGACUGUAAAGCCAGUGCUGUCUGGAAUGUAUUCAAGUGAAUGGGGAAGGGAGUCUCUCUUCCAAGUCCUUUAUCUGCACCUAGAGCCUCUCUUCUUUCCUUUGCCCUUACCUGUCUGUCUCUUCUCCCUGGGUGUCAGGAGAAAGUUUUGUUGAUUUAGAAGAUAGAAGUAGAUGGUUCCUAAGAAGGUGAUGGGCCCCAAGGAAAGAGACCAUAGUCAAGCUCCUAGUAUGCCCCGUAAUUUUUCUGGGAAGUCCUAGCCUCUCACUUCCAGCUUGCCUGUUUCUUCUCUACACCCAUCCAAAAGUCACCCAGGGACACUCGAAAUCCACACAGCCCAGCAGACACCCACACACAUACAGCCUGGAGUCCGCAGUGAUAAUGGGGUGAGCUCACAGCCACCAUUCAGUCAAGUGCAGUGGCGCUCCAGAUGCAGACCAUCGCACACCAAAUUUGGCAGAACAGCCCUCAGACCAUUAGGCAAGCCCGGGUUCUACCCCUGAUGCAGAUACACACCGGGGAGGUGUCUAGACGCAGACUCCUGAAUGAGGGGUUGCAGCCCCAAGGUCGCAGUAUUGCCAUACCGUCCCCAUGGAGUUUCCAACUAUUCCCAGGCCAAGGGCCACGGGGAAGAUAGGGCAAACGUAGCCCCCAAGCUGGUGGUCUAGAAAGUACAAGAAAAGGCAGCACAUGGUUUUAUGAAGGUAUCUUAGGUGGAGCUACUCCCCACCUCCCACCAACAUACACAUUUUGUUGCAGGAAAUGUCUAAUUCUGCAUGUUUCCCUCUCCUUCCAACAAAAGGAGGUCAAACUGUGGGUCGUAGAGCCUUGACAAUGUCGUUCUCCUGUUCAUCUGUGCACCGCUUGACAGACUGCAGCUUCUCUUGCUCUCGACUGGCCCUGCAUUCUUCCGCAUCCUCCCUAGCUCUGAAAUCAACUCUCUUCGGUGGAAUCCACCUUGCACCCGAGAGUCAAGCCGUUCCUUGUAGAAAAACCCCUCCACCCUCCAUCCCCCCCUAGGUCAACCCCACUGUAGACAGGAAAGCCAGGUCAGCAGAGUCCGAAUGAGAAUUUAUUGUGAAUCGAUUCCCAAGCUCCCUUCCAGGACUGGUGGUCUGGGACAGGGAGGAGCAAUCAGCGCGCAAAGCCCUGCGCGUUCCUCCGCAUCCCACCGGCUUCUCGACCCACGCGGAGGAGUCCCAGGCUUGGCGGCUGCAGCCCCAGCGUCAAAGGAGACCGGGCCCAGCGCUGGGCUUUGCCUCCAGCUUCGUGGGCCUGGAUGCGGAUCUGCACGGCUGGUGCGUGCACGCGCUUCUGGGGAACAGUACCGCGUGCAAAGCAAAGAGGCAAAAUCGCACCUAAGCAUCAGAUGGAAGCUUACUCUCUGCUUCCCCUCCUCCUCCUUCUUCCCUUCCUCUCAGUCCCCUCCAAUUCGUGGACUCUUGCUCCUGCUUCUCCCGAUCCUGCAAGGGGACAUUCCAGUAGAAGUUUUUUGCUUUGUCGGUGGCUGUCGUGAAAUUGUGCUUGUGUUUCGUGAUUUCUUUGGGGGUGAUUGUCUCGCCUGUUUUCAGUUGUCGAUUAUAUGGGAGGGUUUUGGGUGGGUGUGGGGAGGGUGAGGGGCCUAGAGCUCUAAUUGUUUGUUUUGGAACAAAAAGAAAAGGAACAAAAAAUAUAUAUCACCCUAGAAAAUAAA